AUGACACAACACAUUUGCGAGCGUUUGUGCAUCAACACCGUGUCAAGUAAGCCUUCUGGUAGAAUUGUAGUCAGACUUCCCUUCAAGGACGACCCUUCAUAUUUGGGUGCCUCAUAUAAUACAGCUUUGAGGCGGUUUAUUGCGCAAGAAGGGCGGCUAACAAAAUCACCACAAUUGAGAUCACAGUAUGUGGAGUUCAUGAACGAAUAUGAAGGUUUGGGACAUAUGAGCGCUGUAGAGAACCCAAACCUCAGAAACCCGCAUUACUACAUCCCACUUCACUGCGUGCUUAAGCCCACAAGCACAACAACCAAGCUACGAGUCGUAUUUGACGCUUCCUGCCGCACAACAACGCAAAAAUCACUAAACGAACUUGAAAUGGUUGGACCAACAAUCCAGUGUGAUCUAAUACUUCUUCGUUUUAGAUUAUAUCGUUUUGUGCUUACUGCCGACAUUGUCAAGAUGUACCGGCAAGUACUAAUGCAUGAGGAAGAUAGAAAAUUUCAGUAG